AAGACAAUACCCCUAAAACAUUUUUUUAAAAAGUUUUUUUUGGGGAAUACUAAAUAAUUAACUAAAUAUAAUGGCGCGCUUUCACGUAGCUUUCCUUAUUCUUAUUGUUGCUAUUUCUGUUGUGAUUGUAUCAGCUGCUGAUAAACCACCGUCAACCACCACCGCCUCAGCUCCCGCUGCUACAACCCCAGGUGAUGGCAGUGAGAGUGAUGUAGCAGUAGAUGACAAUACUAUUGGAACAACUGACGACGAUGCAGCUCCUGCGCCCGAUGAUGAUGCUUCCGGAGAUGAAGAGAUAGCAGUCGCCGGACCUAUUGGAAGCGAUUCUUCGUAUGCUAAUUAUCCACCACCUGAAAAAACUUCUGCAAGCGGAGCCAAUGUAGCUUCCAGUUUUGUUUUUGUCGUUGCUGCAGCGGUUGGAUCGUUCUUCUAUUUCUAGAGUUGUGAUCGGCGCGUGAAAUUAAUAUUUUGUAAUAUUUUCUUAUAGAUGUAUAAGUAUUUGUCCAUCCCUUCUUCGAGUAUAUUGAUAUAAACUGGGAUGAUACAAAAAUAUUAAAUAUGAUCAAAAAAUUGUUUUCUUAAUGACAACAUGAUUUUUUGC